CGCAAACGAGUGGCGACGUGCAUCAGUUUUAUUAUUGCUGGUGUUUGUAUUUUUAGAUCGUCACGAGGAACUAAACAGGCUCCUUCUUUGUACACAGUUAACUGCUGCCUCACUACAUCAUUGUUGUAUUCAACAUUUUCCGGUAUUGAUUGGAGUAGCGUACACUUAAACCCAAAUAAACAGGAGACAGCCAUGUUCCACAACAGUUCACAGAGGAAAUACUGGAUUUUUAAAAGCGAAGACGAACUUGAGCAAAUGAGAUACAAGGCCAAUCAGAAAUUCCGUAAAAAGAUACAAGAAAGUGGGAAGCCUGGGGUGAGUGAGUCCAUGUUCCUGGAGCGUCAGGAGGAAGACGUUUUAUUCAGACACUAUGAGAAGAGGAUGCUGGACUUCUGCAAUGCUUUCAAGCCUGCAAUGCCCAAGUCUGUUGUGGGUACAGCCAUCAUGUACUUCAGAAGAUUCUACCUGAACAACUCCAUUAUGGAGUACCACCCUAGGAUUAUCAUGUUGACGUGUGCAUAUCUGUCCUGUAAAGUGGAUGAGUUCAACGUGUCCAGCACCCAGUUUGUGGGCAACCUUCUGCAAGAGAGCCCGGCCGGGCAGGAAAGGGUUCUGGAGCAGAUCCUGGAGUAUGAGCUGCUGCUGAUCCAGCAACUCAACUUUCACCUGGUGGUCCACAACCCCUACAGGCCCAUGGAGGGCCUGCUCAUCGACCUCAAGACAAGAUACCCUAUGCUGGAGAACCCAGAGUCACUGAGGAAGAGCGCUGAUGACUUUCUGACACAGGCAACCAUGACAGAUGCAGGACUGCUGUUUCCCCCAUCACAAAUUGCUCUAACAGCUAUUCUGAACAGCGCCUCAAGAGCCAGUCUCAGCAUGGAGAGCUAUCUGACUGAAUGUUUAGGACUGAAAGGGGACAAGGUGACGCUCUCAAAGAUGUAUGACUCCAUGAGACGGAUGAAAACCCUCCUAAAGAAGUAUGAACCUCCCAAACUGGAUGAGGUGAAUGUUUCCAAACAGAAGCUGGAGAGGAUUCAUGCUGAAUUUGCUAGUUCCAGCAACAAACGAAAGAGAGGAUAUGAAGAAGAUGGCCAUGUAGCAAAAGAACCCCGUUUGACAGAAGAGGAAUGGACCGAUGAAGACUUGAUCUGAGAAUUUACCGCAAAAUGGUUUUGGAUUCAAAGAAAGUUGGUCCACUGCUUAAUUCCAGUGUUGAACAGUCAAGGUUAGACGACCAAGCCUUUAUAGAAAACACAAUGGCAAGUCGGACAGUUUACAAGUGUACAUGUUAUAUUUACUUUUCUACAGUACUUGGGUUUGCCGCCUUUGUUCUGCAGUAAUAAAGAUAUUUUUCUACA